AUGACCCACCGCUGCAAGAGAUCCUCUGGUCUCUGGAAGAUUGUGGUGUGGGAUGAGCCUUUUUUCCAGGGCAAGAAGCUGGAGUUCACCACCGACUGCUACAGCAUCCCAGAGCAUGGCUUCAGCACCGUCCGCUCCUGCAGGAUCGAGAGUGGGGCGUGGGCAGGCUUCGAGCACUGCGGCUUCCAGGGGCAGCAGUUUGUGCUGGAGCGCGGCGAUUACCCGUGCUGGGAGGCGUGGAGCGGCAGCAACGCCUACCACGUGGAGAGGAUGUGUUCCUUCCGCCCCAUCGCCUGCGCCGACCACGGGCGCAGCCGGCUGAUGCUCUUCGAGCAGGAGAACUUCCAGGGCAAGCGGGCAGAGAUGAGCGACGACUGCCCCUCGCUGCCCGCCCUGGGCUGGGGCAGCAGCACCGUGGGCUCCUUCCUUGUCCGCUCCGGAGCGUGGGUCUGCUCGCAGUACCCGGGGUACCGAGGCUUCCAGUACCUCCUGGAGAGCGACAGCCCCGCGGGCGAGUACAAGCACGUGCGGGAGUGGGGCUCCCACGCGCAGACGGGCCAGGUCCAGUCCAUCCGCAGGGUCCAGCAGUGA